UGUGCUCUUUGCCACGGCUGGAAAUCAGAGCACCUUACGAACCAUAAAAGCCAGUUCUUCCAUUCCUUUAGGUCUUCCUUUCUACUACCACUCACCGAAGCACUUAUUACCCAACUAGGAAACUCCGAUCCACCUCAUCCACCCGCCACAGAUAAGGUACUAUACCUGUCUCACGUCAGAAACAUGUCUUGGCAACACGAUCUCCCCGAAGGAACCCGGCUGCGUCCCAGCUCGGCCCAGGACCCGCGAACCGACUCAGAGAUCAUUGCAGCGCUGACCAGCCCGCCCCGCGAGGUCACGUCCCAGAAGAACAUCUGGGCCUUCUGGGACAAGGGCUUCUCCCAGCUGCACGGGUGGCAGCAGCGCAACAUCAUUGGCUGGGUGCGCAAGCUGGGUCCAACGGGCUGGACGGUCCGGGUACUCGACAACGUCCGCGGCUCGCCGGCCAACGUGUUCCACUACCUCGACUACAACAACGACAACAGCACAACCCUCCCCGUUCCCGAGGCGGUGGUGGCCAACGGCAGCGGCGGCAGCAACCUGGGCCCCCACUCGGGCCAGCACAUGUCAGACCUGGUGCGCCUGCCGCUGCUGCACCGCUACGGGGGCAUCUACCUGGACGUCGGGGUGAUGCUGCUGGGCGACAUCGACAAGAGCCUGUGGCAGCCCAUCGCCGACGCGUCGACGGCGUACCGCAUCGGCGGGUUCGCGCACCAGCACCGCGCCAACAGCUGGGGCAGCAUGCAGAACUUCUGCAUCGCCGCGCAAGCCGGCGAGGAGCUGCUCGCGCGCUGGCAGCGCAUCAUGGUGGCCGCAUGGUCGGGACACUCCAACAGCAAUUCUUCCAGCGAAGGGCUCUCGCGCCACCCGGUCUUCGAUGGCGUGCCGUCCGCCAUCAACCCGCGCGUGCUGAUGACCAUCCAGCCCGGGUCCGAGCAGCGCCUGCUCGACUACUGGGUCAACCUGCUGGCGUGGGAGAAGCUCAAGGUCACCAUCGAUUCUACCUCUGCCUUCAACGGACCCGAGUACGUCCGCAAACACGUGCUGCUGCUCGACCCGAUGCAAGAGGCCUUCGCGGCCGAGGUGCGCACGCGCCUCAACACGGCGCGCCUGUUUGCGCUGCUGACCUGCCCGCGCGACAUCAACAAACCUGUGGACGUGGUGGGGGGCGGGGUUGGCGGGGGUGUCGACCCGGAGCUGCACGCCGAGGCCAAGGCGCUGGUCGAGUACUUGUUGUCUAGCUCCACGCUGCUCAAGCUGUACCACGGGCACGGCUACAUGCUGGCCCCGCCGCUGGCCACCUUCUGGGAGGCCCCCGGCAAUGAAGAUGCGGAUGCGCGGCCGGGGACUUUUGGGGAGCUGCUGCGCUAUGGCGGCGAGGUGGUGGACCAGCUGAGGGAGGUCCGGCCGAUCGUGUUGCCGGCCUAUGAUGGGCCUGUGCUGCGCGGGACGUUGCCUUGAGGGAUGGCACUGUGCAUGACAUGACAAAUUGAAUGGGUGAUAUUUGGAGAGAUAGGAUGAUGACUGCUGUUUGUUGUGGAUGUUGAAAAGUUUGGUAGAUGUGCAUGCUGCAGGGUAUUUUGGGAGAGAUAGGAAUGAUGACUGCAGCUUGUGUGGGUGGAUAGGGCGCAAAGUGAAGUUUGGUAGAUGUGCAUGGUGCAUUGAAUAGCAUUGGAGCGAUAGGAUCAUGACUGCAGCAUGUUGUAGCUUGGUUAAGGAAAUAUUAGGCGAGCUUCCAAUAUGCUCACGUUUGUGCUCAGGUACGAUGUACUGAUCUUCCUGAUGUGAUGGGA